AUGUCGAUGAAGACACCCCAAGGGAUGAAGAAAGGUGUGCUCACAAACGUGUGGCACAUCCCAAAGCUAUCCAGAAACCUGUUCUCGGUCGGCCGCUUCACCAAGGAUGUCGGCCCAGUGACGUUCACGAAGGAUGGGUGCUAUGGAGAAGCGAAAGGGACCAAGUGGAAAAUUGGUGCCCGUGAAGGUAAAGGACUGUUCAAGCUGCAAAUGACUCCAGUGGCGCCGGAACAAGCAAAUGCAGCCAAGUCGUCGGGAUGUCAAGGGGGCACCAAGUCGUACCUCUGGCACCUUCGGCUUGGCCACAUAGGUCACGAUGGACUCAAUUGCAUCGUGACGAAGAACAUUGGAAUUGGCAUCGACAUAUCUUCGGUGAAGAAGUGGGACGUGUGUGAAGGUUGUGCUCUGGGAAAACAGACUCGAGUGCGCUUCCAAUCAAACACUACAGCUCGCACCUCCAAACUCCUCGAAGUGAUUCACAGCGACGUAUGCGGACCGAUGUCGAUGGCAACUUUCAGUGGAAAACGGUACUUCGUGACAUUCAUUGAUGACAAGUCAAGAUACUGUGUCGUCUAUCUGCUCAAGAGCAAAUCUGAAGUUGCGGCGAAGUUCAUGGAAUACGCUGCGAUGGCCGAAACGCAAACCGGAAAGCGCGUGAAGUACCUUCAAAGCGACAAUGGGGGUGAAUACAAGUCCGACAAGCUGGCACGAUUCUGCGCGGAACGGGGAAUACAACAAAGGUUCACACCCCCAUAUACUCCUCAGCUAAACGGAGUAGCUGAGAGAAUGAAUCGCACGCUGGUCGAGUGUGCGCGUUGCAUGAUGGAACACGCUGGACUGGGAAAGAGCUACUGGGGUGAAGCAGUGAUGACGGCGAUGUUUCUUCGAAACCGCUGUCCAACACGUGCCAUUCACCAAGACAAGUCUCCAUAUCAAGUGUGGACGAUGAAGAAACCGAUUCUGGCCAACCUUAAAGUGUUUGGAUGCCACGCGUAUGUUCAAGUGCCUCAAGACAAACGCGCGAAGUUCGACUCCAAGUCAUCACUCUGUCGUUUCCUGGGAUACGCCGAACACCAGAAGUCAUAUCGAUUUGAGGAAGUGUCAACAGGAGCGAUCAAGAUCAGUCGCGAUGCCACAUUCAUGGAAGACAAGUUUGAUGAAGGUCCGCGCAACUACAACGAUGAGUCAAGUGUCGUUGAGUUUGAUGAUCAUGAUGAGGACGAAGAAAAAGAAGAAGGUAAAACUGACGACGACAUGGACUCGAGCGACGAUGACAACGAAGACACCAGGUCUUCGAAGAGCAACAUCAAGAGACACACGCGCACUCAAUCACUUGAGAAAGCUACCGUCAUUCCAAGUCCCAAGCGAAGAACAUACAGAGGUCCGUCGCUUGAGCAUGUGUCAGCGGCUGCAAUGGAUUUUGAAGCAGCCUACAUCGUUGAUUCAGUGGGGGAAACGCCGACUACAUUCAAGUCGGCGAUGGAAUCAAGCGACUCCGGCAAGUGGAAAGAAGCGUGUGACUCGGAGUUCGAUUCGCUUCAGAGAAACGACACGUGGGAAAUCGUGCCUCUUCCGAAAGGUCGCAAGGCCAUCGGGUGCCGAUGGGUUUUUCGUGUAAAGGAGAAUCAAGAUGGCGAAGUUGAACGUUUCAAGGCAAGACUUGUGGCCAAAGGAUUCUCACAGAAAUUCGGAGUUGACUAUGUUGAAAAGACAGCGGCUGUGAAGAAGACACCUCGUCAAGCUGCGUCAAGUGUUGAAGCAAGUGGAAGACCAAGCUUCGCUAUACCGGUGGGUACCGGUAUGUACCAGUAA